AUGAGUCGCCGACAAGACCGCGAUCAAAGGCAAUACAGCCAAAACUACUACUCAGACAGCUCUAGAAAUUGGAGUGAUGAAGCUGUUCGAGGCAGCUGGGACUCCAACUACCAGAGAACAACAUCAGCCAAUACAUCUCCCAGAGACCAGUCCCAAGCUUGGAGUAGACCGAGUCCUCAGGCCUAUGAUAGGAGCCAGAACAACGUGAAUCAAUGGCUUGGUCAACAGUAUCAGAACCAGUACACCAACGACCACUCCAUGGUCGCUGAUACUGUCUCUGAUUUUACUACUCCUACUACUUCGCCUGCGUUCAGCGACUCUCCUACCUUUCCUUCUCGGACUCAGCAUACACCAGCAUAUCAGACCCAAACUGUGGGCAAUGAGUUUCUUGCACCGCCUUCAAGGAAUUCCCUUCCACAUCGCCAGUAUGAUAGUCACUACCACAGCGGUGCUCCUUCGUCCUCUCGAGGAUCUACAUCAUACAACCAAUCAGUCGAUUACAGACGUACGGAGUCUAGGUCUACCGAUCAAGACCUCCGAGGUGUCGGAUCCUUUGCCGAUAACGAUCGCUCUCGUCGAGAGGUCAAGUACAAACCACUCGGUAAUUGGUUUGGUCUCUGGCUACCUCCCACCGAGUGA